AUGUUUGGCACUUUUGCGGAUAGAGAUGCUGACCGAGAUUACAAGGAUGAAAAAAUCGCCUACGGACUCAUUCCACCAGUCAAUUCUUUUGAAUAUUUCACGGUUCAAUUUCAUUCACUCAAAAAGCUAAUCAUUCGAUUCUUCAAAACCCCCGAAGUCAUCAACAAGCUAAAAGUGCUCUUCUACGGGCCAGGGUGGAACCCGAAGGACAACAUUCGCCUUGGGGAUCCCGCCAAGCUCCCGAAGAUUCACAAAGGAGAUGAGAAAAAAUUUCACGACCCGGAAGUUUCUUCAUUUUUGGGUCUUUACGGACUCCUUCAAAUGGCACUGACGGCACUGGUUCUUGACCAUUUUCUGAAUUUGAAAACGAAUGAAUAUUCAUUUGCGUUGAAUAUGACGACGAUAAUUUGGAUAUUUUGGUCUAUGUGCUCUGUUGGAAUCAUGAUGGAAGGAGUCACGACUUUCAUGGAAAUCAUGAGGGUCGCCCUUACUUCUUGGUAUUUCUAUGACUCUGAGACCUUUCCAGAGCGAAAACAACUUCCAAUCGACCUUUUCAUCCCGUUUCUUCUGAGCUCCGUCGCUGCUGUUUUUCUCAAACUUCAAAAAUCCACUUCAAAUUCCGCUGUUCAGAAAAUAAAGCCCUCAUAA